AAGGCUGAACACCAAGUGGGGGAAGAUGGGUUUUUACUGAAGAUCAAGUUAGGGCAUUAUGCAACUCAGCUGCAGAGCACUUAUGACCGCUGCCCCAUGGAGUUGGUCCGAUGCAUCCGGCACAUAUUGUACAAUGAACAGAGGCUGGUCCAAGAAGCUACCAAUUGUAGCUCUCCAGCCGGUAACCUGGCUGAUGCGAUGUCCCAGAAACACCUGCAGAUCAACCAGACUUUUGAGGAGCUGCGACUGGUCACUCAGGACACAGAGAAUGAGCUGAAGAAGCUGCAGCAGACUCAGGAGUAUUUCAUCAUCCAGUACCAGGAGAGCCUCAGAAACCAGGCUCAGUUUUCCCAGCUGUCACAGCUGAGCCCCCAGGAACGCUUGACGAGGGAAACAGCACUUCAGCAGAAGCAGGUGUCCCUGGAGGCCUGGCUGCAGCGGGAGGCCCAGACUCUCCAGCAGUACCGCGUGGAGCUGGCAGAGAAACACCAGAAGACCCUGCAGCUGCUCCGGAAGCAGCAAACUGUCAUUCUGGACGAUGAGCUGAUCCAGUGGAAGAGAAGGCAGCAGCUGGCCGGGAAUGGGGGGCCUCCAGAGGGCAGCCUGGACGUCCUGCAGUCUUGGUGCGAGAAGUUGGCUGAGAUCAUCUGGCAGAACCGGCAGCAGAUCAGGAGGGCUGAGCAUCUUUGUCAGCAGUUGCCCAUUCCUGGACCCGUGGAGGAGAUGCUGACUGAGCUCAAUGCCACCAUCACAGACAUCAUCUCUGCCUUGGUGACCAGCACCUUCAUCAUUGAGAAGCAGCCCCCUCAGGUCCUGAAGACACAGACCAAGUUUGCAGCUACAGUGCGUCUCCUGGUGGGUGGGAAGUUGAACGUGCACAUGAACCCUCCU